GUUCGUGUAUGUGUGUGUGUGUUUGCUGUGUUGGACAGCUGAAACGAAACGCUCACCGCUACUUGCUCCGCUCAGCUGUUCGCUAAUCGAGCAAUUUCUGUCCGUCGUGGUGGUGUUUAGGAGAUACUCGAAGAAAAUUGUGUGCACACAACUCAACGAUAUUAGAAGGAAACACUACAACAACUAUAAAAUCAUAUAUAUAUCUAACAAUUUUGCUAAGUCAAUUGUUAUUUGCGUCAUUUUGGUUCUUUUAGUUUUUUCUUUCUCUACAACAAAUUAACAUCGUUUGCGUUGCUGGCUUCCCACAAAAAGGAUAAGCCCUAAGCAUUUUCUGGGUAAAUUAUUAAAAAAACAAAAAAGUAAAGGCAAUAUCGCGCCAUGGACAUACUGAAGAAAAUGUUCCAAUCGGAAUUCGAGCAGCAGCAGGAGUCAGAUGCUUCCGCAUCCGCCUCCAACAAGGAUGAGUUUCGCAAGCCGCAAUGGUUCGAGGAGGCUGAAACGGAUGACGAACUGUUCGAUGACGAUCGCAAGUUUGCCUUUCAGGUCUUCACGAGUCCAUUGGAGAUGCAGAAGCACUUCGAGCGGCAGCUGCAGCGACUGCUGGAGUCAGUGCAGGACAAUGAAGAGGUUGGGCUGGAGCGUAAUUUGAGGGAGGAUUUCUUGAAGCCGGGCUUCGAAAGCAAAAUACUUAAGGAGUUUCAGAAGAAGCACAACUCGCUAGACACCGAUCUGGAUGGAGAAAUCUAUCCCGAUCAGUUGUACUCGCUGAUACAGCGCUUGAAUCCGGAGGAGGGCCACGAAAACAUUUUGCGCUCCAAUCAGCGUGGGUUGCGCCGGGCCGCGCCUCGCCCCAAGCUCUCGGACGAGGAGCUCAUCAUGGGCCGCAUCCAUGGCACUCUCAAUGCCGAUGGCGAAACGAAGCCAGGUGUGAUGCUGCCGUCGCGUCCGCCGCCGAACGCCAAGCCGAACAUUAUGACGCCCAUGACUCCGUUCGGCGGCGUCUUCGAUGGCACCUAUCAGGGCCCGAAAAUGUUCAGCCAGAGCGUCAUGACCAAGACGGUGCGCAAGCCCGACGGCACCUAUGAGACCACUAAGGUGACCCAAGACUCGACCGGUCAGCGGACAACCACGGUCACUCGCAUAGUAGACGGACGCAAGGAGACCACCGUUAAAGAGGAAGGCCCUGGCAGUGCUGGAUCGUCGGCUGCUGUUGUUGGAGCUGGCGGAGAUCGCAAGGCGUGCAUGAGUCGCAACAUAUUUGUGACAAAAGAAGGCUACGCCAUGCCACGGAACCUCUGGUGACCAGUGGUGAACAACUAUUGCCCCAAUCAAGAUAAGCGAACAUUGCUGCUACUACUCCAACGGCAGCAGCAGCAGCAGCAACAGUAUGAAGAUAAGCUAAAGCGAUUCGUCGGCAACAUAGUCCCACACAACAUCCAAAUUAGAACCUAUUACAUUUUAGUUUACAUUCUCUUAAGUGUUUGUUGGUGUUUUAGAUGAAACGCAAUUGAGACAACAGAUGACGACGACGAUUCCACUGAUCGUGGUCAAAUACCAUUGAUGAUUAUUUGAGCAAGCGGCGGGCAUCAAUCGCUGUCUUGCCUCUAUGUGUGCGUGUGCGUGUGUGUGUGUGCGUGAGCAGCGCUUCUGAUGGCGCCCCACACACACACGCGCCCACACACACCAGUUCAGUUCCAGAGCACACUGCUGCCAGGAGUCCCACACACUCUCCAGGCGCUGAGUGGGCGGCGCGUCCUCUCCCGCAGGAGGAGGCGCUGCUGCAGCUGUGUGAACAUGAUUCUUUUCAGUUUUGGGCCAGUUCGGCUUGACUCGAUGCAUGGCGCACGCGGUGGGGCCACGAUGUGGCCCACUCGACUUUUUUUUAUAUAUUUGUAUUCUCUUCGUGGUACUAUCUGUGUCUCAAUGGAGCAGCAUCUAAAGUGCCCGUAGUAAAAAAAAGGAAAA